AUGUCUGAUCAAGACAUUGAUACAAAUAAAUAUGAUAAAUUGAGAAGUAUCUACAAAUACUACAUCGAUUCACAUAUUGCGCUAUAUCAGUUGAAAACGGAAAAUGUCGAAGAAUUAGCAUCGAUUUACGAAUUAAUUAAAACAAAUUUGAUUGAUUCAAAGAAAUAUCAACCACAACACAUUAUAAUAUCAAUUUUAAAUAUUAUUCCGUAUAAUAACCGCUAUCUAAAGUCAUACUUGCAACUUGCGAAAUUCGUAUAUGGUGAUUACAAUGUUACAAAGGUCACAGAUAUUUCACAUAUUUCUAACUGCCUGUUUUAUAAUGAGUAUGGAAUUAGCUUAAGUGAAGAUAAAAACAUGGUAAAAAUUAGAAUUAAAAAUAUUGAUCUUAAUGCAGAAAAUACGAUUACCAGAGCUAUUAUGGAUAAUAACAAAGAAAAAUUAAUCUUCUUCACGGAGGUAGAUGGAUUUGAUAAAAAUCAAACGUUUUAUAGCAGUUUAUUUCCAGAUUACAACGAACAUUCAUUACUUGAAUUAUGUUGUUACUACAGAGCAGUUGAUUGUUUCAAGUUAUUAAGAUCGAAGUUUAACUCAGAGAUCACUAAAGCAUGCCUACAAUUUUCAUUUUUAGGUGGAAAUCAAGAGAUCAUGAGUGAAUGUUUGAAAUAUCACGUCCCAGAUAACAAUUGCAUGAAAUAUGCAAUUAUUUCGCACAAUAUUGAUUUUGUUACAUUCUUGAUGAAUGAGUACAAUAUGGAGAUCAAUUUAACAUAUUGUGCAGAGUAUAAUAAUCUUGAAUCAUUUUUAGUUUAUUUCGAUCAAACCAAUGAUAUUGACAAAUGUUUUAUUUAUUCACCGUUGUUUAAUAUUCCAUCACUUUGCGAAUAUUUCCUUUCACUUGGUGUAGAUAUCAAUGUAGAAAAUGACGAUGGAAUUACUUCUAUUGAUAUGGCAAUAUCAUCCGAUCAUAUAGAAAUAGUUGAACUUCUUCUUUCACAUGGCGUAAAUGUAAAUGCUAAAGAUGGAAACGGAGACACACUUCUUGAUGUUGCAAAAGAAUAUCAAUGUAAAGAAAUAUAUGAACUUCUUCUUUCACGAGGUGCCAUUAACAAUUCAUCUAUAAAGGCUUUUAAAUGUUGUUAA